AAGCCUUACGCAUGUGAUCAGUGUGGGAAUAAUUUCUGUUUGGAAGGAACUGUAUUGCACCGAUUACUACUACAGUGUCAACCAUCUCAUAUAAUAAAAGAACACAAACUGAACAUGGGCUUUUUUACAGUUUCACUGAUUCUGCGUAUCUUAAAAUACACAUGAGGAUCCACACCGGAGAAAAGCCAUUUGUGUGUGAUCAGUGUGAAAGGAGAUUCUCAUUUAAAGCUAGACUUCAACUUCACAUGAGAAUCCACACCGGAGAGAAGCCAUAUGCAUGUGAUCUGUGCGGGAAGAGAUUCUCAAUCAAAGCAGAUCUUAAGAGUCACAUGAGAAUCCACACCGGAGAGAAGCCAUUCACAUGUGAUCAGUGUGAUAAAACAUUUUUGUGUGCUUCAAACCUGAAGAAACACUUGACAGUUCAUACAAAGGAGAAGCCACAUUCAUGCUCUGAAUGUGGAAAGAGUUUUUCACUCCCGCAAAGUUUAAAAGAACAUCAGAAAAUACAUACUGGUGUGAGAAAGUACAUGUGCUUUGAGUGUGACAAGACUUUUAUUACAGCACAGUGUUUAAAACGGCACCAGAGGAUUCACACUGGAGAGAAACCAUAUAAGUGUUCACACUGUGACAAGAGAUUCAGGGUGUUAGGAACAGUGUUGGGGCUAGUUACUCAAAAAAGUAAUAUAUUACAUAUUACAUAUUACUCUCAAAAAUAGUAAUGCGUUACUUUACUUUAUUACUCCCUGGAGAAAGUAACUAGUUAUAUUACUAGUUAUAUUACUAGUUACAUCUUUUUUUUCUUAAUUACUCUAUGAUUGCCUGAGAUGCAUCAGAUGGAGGGAGAACAUCCAAAGGAGGAGUGUUCUUUAGUGUCUUUAUCAGUGGCGGCUCCUGCCAAUUCUCUCCGGGGGGGGGGCAAAUGUUUGCUCUAUUAAUGAGGAGAGGUCACCCAUUCAAUUGAUAAAUUAACGGGUAGUUAAAGAUGUAAAGGGAACUGAACUACUAUAGUAUUAAUUAAAAAUAAACUGACAUUAGGAAUCAAUCUCUUGCACUCCUUAUUUUUCUAUAUCCGUGUUAACACUAUUCAGCAGCAUAUGAGGACUAACACCAGGAUGUGGUUUUUCCAAAAAAAAAAAAGCGUUUUACUUUUCGAUUUCAGUUUAAUAAGAAAUAAAUGAAGUCACAUAAAUCACUGUUUACACAACUCACUUGUAUUACUGCUCGUCAGUACACCUGUUCUCUAAUCAGCGGUUAAUUCCAUCAGGUGCGUGAUUUCACAUAGAGCAGCUGUUACUACACAGAGCCGUUAUUAACUGAGAAGAUGCGCAAAUCCACGUUCAUUUUCAGCGUUUAUUGGCACGGUUGUAUGAACAUAUGGUUCACGCACCUGAUGGAAUAAACCGCUGAUUAGAGAACCGGCUUUACUGACGAGAUGCGCAUUAACGAGCAGCCGAUCGUGAUCGGAGGAGCACCCCUACAAAAUAAUUACUGAAUCUCCACCCGUUGAAACUAGCUUUCUGUUGCUGGGAACCUUCCUCUGAAAAAGAGCUUGCCGUUGUUGACUCUUCCAUUCUCCCCAUCUGUCUGAGCGUGCCGCUCUGCUUCAGGCUGUCGACCAAUCAGUGAUGGUAAAUGAUACCUCGUGCCAAACCCAGACCAAUCGAUGUUCCAUUCACGCCCCCCUCCCCUUCCCUUCUGUUCUCUGUGUUGUGUGCCUUGUGUGUGAUGAAGGUGCUACUGGCAAAUGUAACGCAAGUAACUAGCUCGGGAAAACUGUAAUAAUAUUACCAUUUUCAGACGAGUAAUGCCUUACUGAAAAAAGUAAUAUUAUUACUUGUAUAUUAUUAUUAUUUGUAAAGCGUUACACCCAACACUGGUUAGGAAACAUGAAAGCACAUGAGAGGAUCCACAGCAUA